AAAGCGACAGCAGAUUCAAGCUGGCAUAGGCUGGCAUUGACCUUUUGCUUCGCAGGUGAUAUUUUUUGUUCUACGCCAGAUUGCCAAUAAACCUUGCUUUACAAGGUAACAAGUUAUGGUCGGACCGUCUGUAUGAACUAAGUUCUCAAAGCCUUAGGUGGCAAUCUGCUGGCAUUGCAGAUAUGCAUCUAUUCGAAAAGCAAGCCGUCUUCCUACUGUCCCCUUCAGAUUUAUUUGUCCAUAUCACAUCCUCACAAACAAUGCGUUUCUCCUUGGUCUUCGCUGUCGCUGCUGCUUUGACAACAUCAAUAUCUGCCAGGCCCAGAAACGCCGCUGAAAGUGAAGAGUGUCCUGCAUUUUGCAACUUUCAAAGGUGCUGCGCUGGGCAGAAAUGCAUACCGCAGUACUUAUUCACUAUCUGGGAAUGUGUGGAUCGGUGAGUAGCAUGUCGCGACAGUGCACUACAUUACUAGUAGCGAGUCAUAGGGGAGGACUCUGAAUCGGAUCGGCUAACUUCGAUGUCCUUGAGAGCAUCCAGGCGUGAAAGAAGUGGAUGCAUAUAGACUUAUUUUGUAUCUCUGAGACAGAAAUGGAGAGAGAAAAUUACUGCCAGCGCUCAACACCGACGCGGCAGACAUUAAGAAUGUGACGUGACAACUUCGAAGCUAUAAUGAUGGGGGAGGGUAAGUAUCAUAAAUGAGAGAAAAACGUGAUGUCGUAGACGUCAAAAUGAAUGAUGUGACAUGUACUUAUGUGGGAUGGGAAGGAGAAUGUUCCACUUUGAGAGCGGGCG